AUGAAAGAAAAGCGAAAAGUUUUAGAUAUUUACAAGUAAUAAAUAGUACAAGACUUCGAUACAUUAUACGAAAAAGACACUGAAAAGAAAAUAAUAACUAAAUUACAAAACCUUGAAAAAAAGCAAAAACUACAAUAAGAAUUAAAAAGAAACGAAUCAAUUCUUUCUAACGAAUUAAAAUCCUAUAAUACAAUAAAAUACGAAAUAAAAAAAAAAAAACAAGAAUACGAUAAUCUAUUAAACUAAUUAAAUAACUGCGACUUCGUUUUUACUUAAGAAAAAGACCGUAACGAGCUUGAAAAGCUCAAAUAAACUCAAGAAGACCUCGUUUAAAAAUUAAAUGACUCUUAAAAUAUCUAAAUGUCCCUAAAACACAUGAGCGAUACCCGAAAAAAGCUAAUUUUAUUCGAAAAAAAGCAAGUAGAAUAACUAUAUGAAGAAUACCAAAAACAAUCUUUAGAAGCUCAUAAAAAUUUCAUGGAAUAAACCAUUUAAGAGCUAAAAGAAUUCCAAGUCUAUUUCUAGUCAUAAAUAGACAAUUAAAAAUAAUAAAAUUAAUAAAAAAAAAGCCUUUUAGAAAAUUUAAAAUUCGUCCAAAAUCAAAGAAGGGCUUCUAUUUCUAUUCAAGAAAAAGACGUAGAAAAAAGCGAGAAAAUUCUUAUUUAAGAAAAUUCCAAACUACAAGAAGCAUAAUAAAAAGUAAGAAGACUCGAAAAAAUAAUUGACUAAAUCUGCCUUGUAUAAUCUAGAAUAAACUACUAAUUAUAACCUAAAAAUCUCAAAAAUAAAAACGCAGAAGUUAAAAGGGAGGAACUUAUAGAUUAAAUAACCCUAUCAGGCCUUAAACUAGAAAAAAUAGUUGCCUUUUUAGCGAAAAAAAAAGACCCAUAAAGAGUUGAAAGUAUAAAUACAGAUGCUGAUUAUCACAAACCCCCUGAAUAUAUAGGUAUUAAUCCUCUUAACUAUACCAAAUAUUGGGAAAAUUAAAAUAUUAAUAACUUAAAUGAAGAUAAAUUCAUGUUUUAACAAAAUGAAAAUGACGAAGAUCAAUAUUAAAAUACUAUUAGAAAACAAAUCCUUGUUAAUAAUAACAAUAAAGGAUUUUAAUUAAUGACACCAAUAUUUCCCCUUGCAAGCCCUGCAUCAAGCAUAGAAACUAAAUAAUUCGCAUAUUCAUGA